AUGGAGAAGGAGAGUCCAAUAGUGGGGUCUACUCCAACAACCCAAAGUGCUCCAAGAGUAGGUGAAAGUACGAGUGCUCCUCCUAUCCAAACAAGUCCCAAUGUAGGAACUGAAAAUGAGGUAAUAUCGAACUCAAACCGUACUUCUGUUGAGGAAAAUAUUGAGGAUCAUUUUGAAGAGAAGUACGUUGGUGGAAAACGAAAAGCAAUGUGUCUCGGUUGUAAGAAGGUCUUAGGGGGGGAAAGUAAGAAUAGGACUAAGCAUUUGCUUGAUCAUAUGAAGUCAUGUUUGUAUAAGAAACAAAAGACCAUAAACCAAUCUAUAUUGAAUCCUACAAAAUCUAAUGAUGGGUCACUGAAGCUUGGUACUUACACUUCGACCAAAAUCAAGCGAGGGAAGAGCUUGCAAAAAUGA